UACAAAAAAGAAUGUUUCUUUAAGUGUUUCUAGUGUGUUAAAUUUAAUAAUACUCUAACACUUUGUUCUACAGUGAUGUAUGUUCCAGCUGGUAACAGUGAAUUUAUGAAGAAAAUAAGAAAAUAAGGACUUUGGUCGCCCAGGAAGAAAGUGGUUUUAAAGAUGUUGACGGGCAUUAUUCUAGAAAUGAGCCAUCAUUCCAGUAUGCUGAAAACAUCCCCUCAAGCUCUCCUGGUCCUAAAAAUGAGCACCAAAGGCCAAAGUGUCAGAGAUAAUGAUUGAACUGAUUCUAAAAAUGAGCCAUCCAGUAUUGGUGAAAUCGUCUCCUUCAAGCAUUCCUGGUUUCAAAAUCAGCAUCAAGGCCAAAGAGUCAGAGAUAAUGAUGAUGAUGAUGAUGACGAAGAAGCUGGCUUUGAACCUUCGAGUUCUGACGGUGCGGAAAUGGACUUGGCUACAGGCACAUCUUGUUUCAAGAACAGACAAGAAAGGGCAAGCUUAAAGGAUGACGAUGGGAGUGUUUCUAGAAAUGAGCCAUCCAGUUGUACUGAAAACAACUCCUCUUCAAGCUCUCCUGGUUCCAAAAUGAGCACCAAUAGCCAAAGUACAGAGAUAAAGAAUGAACUGAUUCUAAAAAUGAGCCAUCCAGUAUUGGUGAAAACGUCUCCUUCAAGCAUUCCUGGUUCCAAAAUCAGCAUCAAAGGCCAAAGCGUCAGAGAUAAUGAUGAUGAUGACGAAGAAGCUGGCAUUGAACCUUCCAGUUCUAACUGCAGAAAUGGACUCAGCUACAAGCACAUCUUGUUUCAAAAACAGACAAGAAAGGGCAAGCUUAAGGAUAAGGCUGGUAAUGAAGGUGAUGGUGACGAAGAAGCUUGCUCUGAACCUUUAAGUUCUAACGCACUGUUAGAAAAAAGGACACAUCUUCACGCACAUCUGGUUACAAGUACAGAGAAGAAAGGGCAUGUAAGGGGUAAGGCUUUUAUUGUAUUAAAUGAUCAGCUCUCAUUGGAUUGUUGUGGAGAUUUGUUUGUCACCACUACCAACUUACAUAAAGUGUACAUUUUGGUUAAUACCUCUUUAUGUAUGUUCUGUGUUUCUAGUGCAUGUGUGUGUGUGCCUUGUACCUCACAAUGUCUGUUCAGUAAAUUGUAUAUUACAUCUUUGAACUGCACUUUGACAGCAAUAACGAAAUGCUGUGGGUUUGAACCUUUCUGA